UCAAGCCGAAGGGCGUGGCUUUAGCAGAGUCUCUCUGUACCUGAGUCUGAGAGCUGGACUUUGACUGGAGAACUUUGAGGAAACGGGAAAAAACUAAAAGACAACUUCACAAGAUGAGCUGACUGUGUAAUGGUGUGUGGAUAUCUUUGAAGACAUGGCGAGUGAUGCAAGCACCCUUUCCUGGAAGGUACCCACCCAGGACUGGGAUGGGGGCAUCAAAAGCCCUGACCUGGGUCCUGUUGGAGAUGGCGUUCCUGUAAAAAUCAUCAAAGUGUGCUUCAGCAGCAGCAACAAUCUCAGCAAAAACUUCAAACUGGUCAAAUGUGACAGCUCAUGGCAGAUUAAGACAAUCAUCCAGUCUAUUCUGAUCAGUGGGCGUUUGGGCCCAAAUGUGCAAAACCCAGGAUGCUUUGGGCUGAGGCUCAAACACCUCAAAUCUGAGGAGCUCCACUGGCUUCAUCCAGACCUGACUGUAGGAGAGGUUGAGCAACGCUACGAGAGCCAUCACGCCGAGGCCGAAUGGAAAUAUGAUCUUAGGAUUCGCUACAUUCCCACUGAUUUCAUGAAGAGGUUAAAAGAGGACAGGACGUUCCUUUUGUAUUUCUAUCAACAGGUGCGUUGUGACUACAUGCAGCAUCAUGCUAGCAAAGUUAGCGACGGCAUGGCACUUCAGCUGGGCUGUUUGGAGAUUAGGAGGUUUUAUAAAGACAUGAAUGCCAAAGGUCUAGAGAAAAAGUCCAACUUUGACCUGCUAGAAAAAGAUGUUGGUCUGGACCUGUUCUUUCCUAAGGGACUUAUUGACAGUAUGAAGGUUAGAGUUGUUUUCCACUUUUCUGUGGUGCCAUUAUUGUAUUAA